AUGGACACUUAUAUUAAGCAAACAAACGUCCAGCUAAGCAGGAUCGAAGGUGAGCAGAAGGUCACGCAGGACAAUCUCCAGGCGCUAAAAGACGGACAGCAAUCGCAUUUGACCGAAAUUCAAAUAAUGAUGGACGCUCAACUUUUGGCUGUUCAGACUGAGCUGGAAAACCAAUCUUGCCAGAAGACUAUCUCUCAAGACGACUUCAGGGCGGGACUUCAGGCAUUUCAGUUCAAAUUGGAAAGCCGACUCCAGGAACAGACACGUAUUCAACAAGAGAUAAAUAAUAAGCUUUUGGCGACGCAAGCCCAACUGAUAGGUCAGCAGAAGGCCCUUCAGAAAUCUAUAAAUGCUAUUAUCAUGAAAAAGAAUUCGGAAAUAGAGCCCAUGAAAAGCAUCACGAAGGAAGAGCUUGAGGCGAGUUUGAAAACGUACCAGAUAAAAAUUGAGCGUCAACUUAAUUCGGUUCUGGCCAGUUCGAAGGAGCUUCUGGACAAAAUCAAAGGACUGUCAAAUGAGGCACCCAAUCACAAGACCUUUUCCACAGCCACAGUACCAAAAAUCCCAGCUAAUUUCCAGCAGAUCGGCAAGAGAUACUUCUAUAUCGAAAAUACGAAUCCUAAAACUUGGAAUAAUGCUGCACAAACAUGUCUCACUAAAGGCGGCCAUUUAGCCUCAAUCGAAAACGAAGUUGAGCUAAGAUCCAUAUCGGAAAAACUCAAACCAAAUACAAAAUACUGGCUUGGAAUAUACUAUCAGAACCAACAAGACCGUUUUAUGUCUAUAGCUUCUAGAAAGCCAGCUAGGUAUUUAAAAUGGAAUUAUGAACACAAAAUGAAAGGUUUCGAUUGCGUUUAUUUAUUUAACGGAGCUAUGAAUACAUCUAAAUGUUCAUUACUCGAAUUGUUUAUUUGUCAGUUAGACAAUGAGCUAUAAAUAAAAUUAUAUACAGUAAUUGACCUAAAAAUAUGUUUUGCAAUUUUUAUUCCUCCAUACGUACACAAAAAAACUAAGUGUUUGGAUCAAUUCUUUACAUUUGCAGGUACAUUUCUGUAAAAUACUUUCUUAACCAAGUUAUCCACUAUUAUUGACGAC